AUGGCGGAAGAAGAGUCAAGCGCGCAGAAUCGCGCAGCUAGCAGAACGAUGGAAGGCUAUAGGCUUCACCUCUCUGUUAUCGGUGAUGCUGACUGGUACAGUUUGACGUUUGGCCUUUUCCUGUCUGCGCUCGAAACAACCAUCGUGUCAACGACGCUAGACACCAUCGCGAAGCAUUUCGACGAUGAGCGCGAAUACUCGUGGAUAGUCACUGCGUACAUGGUCACUUUUAAUGGCUUCUUGCUUCUCCACGCCAGGCUCAGCGAUGUCUUUGGCCGCUUCAUCGUCUUCUAUGCCUGUCUCGCCAUUUUCGCGUUAUUCUCUGGCAUUUGCGGAGCAGCACAAAUUGUUUUCCGUGCUUUGCAGGGCAUCGGCGCCUCUGGUCUUUUCUCACUGACAAUGGUCAUCGUGCCUGACAUCACUCCUGAUCGCUGGCUGGGCUUGUACUCUGGUGUCGUGAGCUCAGUUUUCGCGUUCUCGAGUGUUUUGGGCCCGGUGUUGGGCGGUGUGCUGGCGCAGCAUUCGACGUGGAGAUGGGUGUUUUUGCUCAACUUACCAGGUGCAGCAGUAUGCGCUUUUCUACUGCUUCCAUCGCUGAAAUGGAAGAAUAACUCCAAAUCCGUGAGAAGUGGAUGGAGAGAGAUUGACGUACCCGGCGCGUUUCUUUUCCUGGCGGCCACGAUACUCCUCAUCUACGCUUUACAGAGUGCUUCAUCCAUCGGUGAUGGACAUGGCUGGUCAAGUCCGACCAUUAUCGGCUGUUUGGCAGGUUCUGGAGUGUCGCUGAUUAUGUUCAUUGGGUAUGAACUGGUGCUCCCGCGAUACUCAUCAAUGGCUCCGUUCUUCCCUCUUCCGCUGCUUCUGCAACCAGAUAAUGCUCUUCUCAUGAUAUCUGCUUUCUUCAUGGGCAGCUCAUUCUACUCAACCAUCAUCCAACUACCUCAACGUCUACAGCACGUCAAUGACAAGUCGCCAACCACGGCAGGCGUCCUUCUCCUGCCAGUGCUUCUCCCAUCAGCUGGGUUCUCUGCGCUAUCUGGUGGUCUUUAUCGCAAAUUUCCGGAAGCAACACCUCUGCUUCUUUUCUGUGGUGGAGUUCUCCAAGUUAUUGGCGUAGGGCUGCUAUCUAGUCUGCCAACUGGGCCAUCUGUCUCUAACAGUCAAUAUGGAUUUGAAGUCAUGACAGGAAUUGGCUUUGGACUCAUGCUUCCGUCGUUUAUGAUCCUCGCGCGAGAUUGGGUCUCGGAGGAGCAGUACGCGACCGCCAUGGGCCUUGUGAAUACGUUCAGAACCUUAGGCGGUUGCGUCUCAAUUGCAGUCUGUGGCGCAAUUCUUAACAAAGAACUGGAUAAAACAUCCAAUGUCUCAAAUCUUCAGUCCACUUAUGGCGAUAUCUACAACAAACAAUUCUUUGUCAUGGCCAUCUUGUCAAUACCGUCUGCGUUGGCUGCUGGCAUCAUUUUGAUAAGACAGUAUACCAAGACAGGUGUUUUCAGUCUAGCACCUGGCACAAGCACUGUUAGCAGUUAGGGGUGCGUGCGGGCUCUCUCUGUGGUAAUAUUGAUUGGCCUCGGCGGGUUUUAUAUCCCAGUUUUAUACUCGCCGAGCCGAGUUUUGUACCAUGCAUAUUUAAUAAG